AUGACAAUGUCUUCCAUUAAGAUUGAGUGUGUUUUGCGGGAGAACUGCCGCUGCGGUGAGUCUCCAGUGUGGGAAGAAGCAUCCAAGUCUCUGCUCUUCGUAGAUAUUCCCGCAAAAAAGGUUUGCCGGUGGGAUUCGCUCAGUAAGCAAGUGCAGCGAGUGAUUGUGGAUGCCCCAGUCAGCUCUGUGGCCCUUCGCCAGUCGGGAGACUAUGUCGCCACCGUUGGAACAAAUUUCUGUGCUUUGAACUGGGAAAAUCAGUCAACACUUGUCUUGGCCACGGUAGAUAAAGACAAGAAAAACAAUCGAUUCAAUGAUGGGAAGGUGGAUCCCGCUGGGAGAUACUUUGCUGGCACCAUGGCUGAGGAAACAGCUCCAGCAGUUCUGGAGCGACACCAAGGGUCCCUGUACUCCCUCUUUCCCAACCACCACGUGGAAAAGUACUUUGACCAGGUGGACAUCUCCAAUGGCUUGGAUUGGUCUCUGGACCACAAAAUCUUCUAUUACAUCGACAGCCUGUCCUACUCUGUGGAUGCCUUUGACUAUGACCUGCAGACAGGAAAGAUCUCCAACCGCAGAAGUGUUUACAAACUGGAGAGAGAAGAACAAAUCCCAGAUGGAAUGUGUAUUGAUGUUGAGGGAAAGCUCUGGGUGGCCUGUUACAAUGGAGGAAGAGUGAUUCGUCUGGAUCCUGAGACAGGGAAAAGACUCCAAACUGUGAAGUUGCCUGUUGAUAAAACAACCUCAUGCUGCUUUGGAGGAAAGGAUUACUCUGAAAUGUACGUGACCAGCGCCCGGGAUGGGCUGGACUCUGAGGAUCUUCUGCGGCAGCCUGAGGCUGGUGGAAUUUUCAAGAUAACUGGCCUGGGGGUCAAAGGAAUUCCUCCCCAUCCUUAUGCAGGAUGAGUGACAGGCUGUCUUUCCUAGUGGAGAAGACUCUGAAGACAACUAGAAAAUUCUAGAGCUGAAAUUUCAGUCUAGUUACCAAAAAAAUAAAAAAUAAAAGAAGAAGAAGAAGGAGCAAUGAUAUUAACAGGAUUAAAUUUUUAUUUACAAUUUUUAAAAUGGAGAGCAUUUUUAACAAGGGGGGACAGGUGGUUUCGGUAACACAUUAUAUAGAAAUUUAAAGAGCUGUUCAGCUGUCAACCAGCCUCUUGAUUCUUUGCAAAUUGCUGGUGCCGUUGGGGGAGAGGGAAGGGACCGUGUCUGUUCUUUAUUCCGCAUUCCAUACUUCCUAUACCGAAAGCUUCAAGACGCUAAUAAAUAGUAAUCUGGUAACGCUUA